UUGACCUUGGUUUUAUAAGUAGCGAAAGGACAGGAAAGCGGUAGGCUAUUGAAAAUAAAUAUAAGCCCUGACAGGAUGAUUUUGAUGGUUAUACUGACCCAAAAUUAAGCUUGACAUGACAGGCAAGACGUCUGAUUUUGAUGAGAAGAAGGAGGUGAAGAAAAAUUGCUCUUUUUGUGAUUGUAUGUGCCUGAGAAAAGUCAGCAAUGUGAUCGUCAAUGGACUGGAGACCGCAUUUUACAGGUUGGGGCAAGCAAUAGGAACAUACCCAUGGGUUACUAUAUUAAUCUCCAUUGUGUUUGUUGCCCUGUGUGGAAUAGGGUUUAUGAAAUUCUACCAAGAAGAUGCCGUAGAAAAUCUAUGGGUCCCAUAUGGAUCGCCAUCUGUGGAUCACAUGGAUUGGGUCUCUAAGUACUACCCUUCAGUUACCAGGUUCCAGUCCAUGAUGGUAGUGGAUGAUAAUGUUUUAACACCAAAGGUUUUAAAUGCUAUGCUGGAUAUAGAUAUAAGCAUCAAGGCUAUCAACAGCAGCAGUUAUAACUGGACUAGUAUAUGUACCAAAAUAUUUGGCAGCAUUUGCUGGUCAAGCAGUCUGUUGGAGUUGUGGUCAUUUAAUGAAACGCACAUCAGAAAUCUUACACAAGCAGAAAUACUUGACACGGUCAACAAUGUGACAAGAAGCCCAGUGUUUUUUAAUGACUACAAUGUCAGUAAAGUUCUUGGAGCGAUAACAAAAGAUGCCAAUGGAAAGAUAAUAUCAGCCGAAGCGACAACCAUGACAUAUUUUAUCAAUGAUGAAUCUGCUGAAAGUGUAGAUGCACUUGCCUGGGAACAGCAGUUUAUAGAUAUUGGUGCAAAAGGACAUGCAGGCAUCAAGGAAGUCAACUACUAUGCUUUUAGAACUCGUUCAGAUGAGGGAGGUGGCGCCAUCUUUGGAGACCUGACGUUACUGUCAGUUGGAUAUUUUCUCAUCAUCAUAUUUGUAGCUAUAGUCUUAGGAACAUUCAACUGUGUGGAACACAGAAUAUGGCUCGCACUUGGAUGUGUCUUAGCAGUAGGAAUGUCAAUCAUCAUGUCAUUUGGGCUGUCUUCUGCUUUUGGAGUAGCAUAUGGACCAGUGCACAGUGUUUUACCUUUUUUGCUACUUGGUAUUGGAGUUGACGAUGCCUUCGUGAUCAUUCAGUCAUGGAACAAUCUCCAUCCCCAUGAGAAGGAGAAGCCCCUGCCUGACAGAGUGGGGCUGAUGUUAAAACAUGCUGGGGUGGCCAUCACUGUAACCUCCAUCACAGAUUUUGUGGCCUUUGCCAUUGGUGCAACCACAAUCUUGCCAGCCUUGCGCUCAUUCUGCAUCUUUGCUGCCCUGGGGAUACUGGGGCUGUACAUCUUUCAAGCCACAUUCUUUGUAGCUUGCCACACCAUCAAUGAACGGCGUGUGGAAGCUGUGCGUAAUGCAUGUUGCUGUUGCUACCCACACCGCAACUAUAAGCCCAAUCAAUGCAGCCAGAAAGGACUGAUGGCUGCCUUCUUCAAAAAGUACUACGCAUCAUUUUUGCUUAAAUUGCCAGUGAAGAUCAUAGUUUUAGUGGCCACACUGGGACUAUUGGGUGUGAACGUUUAUGGUCUCAUCAACCUGAAGCAGGACUUCGACUUCAACUGGUUCAUCCCCAGUGACUCCUAUGCCUCAAAAUAUACCAAGAAUAUGGAGAAGUUCUUCCCAUCUGAUGGGGCAUCGGCAUCCAUUUACUUCGGUGAGAUUGACUACUAUCGCAAUUUCUCCUACCUGGAGGAGGCCUAUACCAAGAUGUCCAAUAGUGAAUACACUUAUGAGGGCACGGUCAACAGUUUCUUUGAAGACUUCAAGGUUUUUGUCAAUGAAAGCACUGACAAUAGAACCCUCGUUUAUCUUAAUGCAAACAAAUGGCCUAGUAAUGAGACAAACUUCUACAGACUGCUGAGAGCCUUUAUUUUGUGGGUGCCAUCUGGACGAAGGUAUAUAAGCUAUGUGAACAUGACAGAUACUGAGCCCUACAAGUUGAAGGCGUCCCAAAUUUUCAUGAAACACAAAGACUUUCCUGAUGCCCAGACAGAAGUGAAGGCCAUGGACAACUUGCGGAGUAUAGCAGACGGGCUUGGACUGCCCUCUGAUAAAUGCUUUGCCUACAGUCGAAGUUAUCUCAACUGGGAAAGUAACAAGGUUAUCCAGAUAGAGCUGUAUAGGAACAUUGGUCUUGCUUUUGCUUGUGUGUUUUUGGUCACUCUGAUCCUAAUAGCCAACAUCUGGACAUGCAUCCUGGUGCUGACCUGUGUGGUCAUGACACUGGUUGAUGUUGGAGGUCUGAUGUACUUCUGGGGUCUGACCAUAGACAGUGUGACCACAGUGAACACCAUACUGGCCAUUGGUCUGGCAGUGGACUAUGCAGCACAUAUUGGACACAUGUUUAUGACAGAACUGGGAACAAGAAAUGAGCGUGCCAAGACCACAAUUGGUGAUAUGGGGCCAGCUGUCUUCAAUGGAGGCUUCAGUACAUUCCUUGCCUUUGUAUUGCUAGCUUUCUCUGGGUCUUAUGUAUUCCAAGUGUUCUUUAAGGUGUUUUUUGGCGUGGUAGUAUAUGGGCUGUUUCAUGGGUUGAUCUACCUCCCUGUGAUACUCAGCUGGCUGGGGCCAGCACCCUACCUCUCUGCAAUAAAGGAGGCUGAGGAAGAGGAAGCUGAGGACAAACUGAGGAUGGAAAAUGGGGGAAUUGCAACUGUUCAAGGAUAUGAAAAUCAUGUCAUGUAUGAUAAGCACCAAAGGAUUGAACCCCCUCCAGAUUAUGAAGGCUCCAGGCCCUAUAUCCCACCUCCUGAUUACACACCGCCAUCCUCCCCUCAACUACAGGGUCGCUAUUCCAAUCCUCCUUCUGCUGGCGGACCACCCAGUUACCCAGCCUCAGAUCGCAAGACGCCGUCCUCAGGACACAUGUCGAGACCAUCAUCACGAUACAACGACAACAAUAUAAACAAUGGUUAUGUGUCUCGAAAAGCUUCAGGUCACAGAGCAGAUAGUAGGCAGCAGAAUGCACUGCCCAAUGUCCAUGUGUGAUGAUGUAGGAAUUUUACAUUGACUGUGGUGUGAAACUGAGGAGAGGAGAGAAUGAAGAGGGACAGUGGAUAUUUGAAUGCAGCUUUGACAUAUGAAUUUGCAUGAAUCUCCAAGGUACAAUUAAACCAGCUGCUGUUUUAAGUUAAUUUUCAGUUUACUUGGACUUGGUUUUUGUGAGAAUACAUGUGCACUAUUUUCUCAUUUAUGAGUGUGACAUAAAGCUCAUUCAUUAUUGUUGUACUGCUUUAGCCAUUUGUGAAGUGACUUGUGAGAACUUUUAGAUUAUUAUGUUUACAAUAUCCUGUGAUAUUUGGAAGUAUUUUCCUGCACCUGGGCUAAAGCUUGCCUAUACAUUCCACAAACUUAUGCAUUCCAUCACAAGUGUAAUUUUAUUGUAUCAUACUCCAUUUUGCAUCUUGCCAUGAAUGUUUUAGUACUAGUUAUUUACCUACACCAUACAAAGCAAUACAUACAGCUGAUCUCUCUCAAAGAAUAUCAUUAUAGAUGUUUAAACUAUACAGGGUUUAUCAGACAUGACUUAAUAUUAUGUGCACUUUCUACCCAGUAGUUUACAGUUGUAUUUAAUGUGGUCAUAAUAUUAAUAGUAAUGUUUUUUCAAGACACUUGAUAAUGUUACAAUACAAAGUAACAAUUUUAAAUAUUUGUAUACUAUGAAACAGGUUUUUGUGCUCCUAAAUUUGCCAUAAGACUUGCCUAAAGAACAUGGUUUCAUUGUCAUUGAUCAACAGAUCAUAGUGUCACUCAUCUUAGUUUAGAAUCAGAUGCAAUUAAAUUUCGAUCAUCAUUUUAUUUU